UUUCCAUACUCCAUGAACUUCUCUCAAGUUUCACCCUGACUUGGAGUAUUCCCCACCCGCCCAGAAGUUGGAGCAGCCGGCCACUUAGCCGCAGACCCAGCGGCUCACGGAAAACGGAGGGAAAUUGGAGACACCCGCUUCCCUCAGACCGGCCCAGCAGCAGCAGCAGCAGCCCCUCCCUCCCCAUUUCCUCUCCUCUCCGCAGGCGGCCAGGCCCUUCCCUCCAGAGCAGCUGCGCUGUGCUGGGCGGGGUCGGGCCGCGUUUCCCCUGCCCAGGGCUCUGCGGAGAGCCGAGGCGCUCGGAGGAGGACGGCGGGGAUGUGAUGCUGAGUCGUGGCUUCGGCGGCCGCCGUGGAGGGGAGGAGGGGGCGCCUUUUGCUGCAACUCAAGACGGGACAUGGCGAAUGUCAAAGUGGCGGUGCGGGUCCGGCCUCUCAGCAAAAGAGAGCUCGCAGAAGGAAGAAGAAUAAUUGUAGAGGUUGAAGAUAGAGUGGCAAAAGUCAGAAACCUAAAGGUGGACAGCAGAUAUGAGGGUGUUUGGGACACAAGGGAGAAAGUUGUGGCAUUUGGCUUUGAUUACUGCUAUUGGUCAGUUGACCCUGAGGAUCCCACAUAUGCCUCUCAGGAAGUGGUUUUCCAAGACCUUGGUACUUCAGUAUUAUCCGGUGCUUUUAAAGGAUACAAUAUUUGUCUUUUUGCAUAUGGGCAGACAGGUUCAGGAAAAACAUACACCAUGAUGGGCACUCCAGCAUCCAUUGGAUUAACACCUCGUAUAUGUGAGGGUCUGUUUUCAAGAGAAGAUGACUAUACAAAACAGUCAGCAUCGUGCAGAGUAGAAGUCAGUUUCCUUGAAAUCUAUAAUGAGCGAGUCCGAGACUUGUUAAGGCAGUCAGGCCAUAAGAAACCAUAUACACUUCGUGUCCGUGAACAUCCUGAGAUGGGUCCAUAUGUUCAAGGUCUGUCUCAACAUGUGGUUACAGACUACAAACAAGUAGUUGGACUUCUGGAAGAAGGAAUAGCGAACAGAAUUACAGCAGCCACACACAUUCAUGAUGCCAGCAGCAGAUCCCAUGCUAUCUUCACCAUCCAGUAUACUCAGGCUAUAUUAGAGAACAAUCUGCCCUCUGAAAUUGCAAGCAAGAUCAACUUAGUGGACCUUGCAGGCAGUGAAAGAGCUGAUCCAAGUUACUGCAAAGAUCGGAUUACAGAAGGUGCCAAUAUUAACAAAUCAUUGGUUACUCUUGGCAUUGUCAUCUCCACAUUAGCACAAAAUUCCCAGAUGUUCAGCAGCUGCCAGAGUAUAAACAGCAUAGCCAGUGAAGUGGAUAGCAGUCACACAGACAAUAACUCUGGAGCCAGUAUCAGCAGCCAGAGACGUCAAGCUUACACUCCAUACCGUGACUCCAUCCUCACUUGGCUUCUGAAGGAUAGUCUGGGUGGCAAUUCCAAGACCAUUAUGAUCGCAACUAUCUCACCUGCAAACUCUUGUUACAAUGAGACCAUGAGUACGUUGCGGUAUGCCUCAAAUGCCAAAAACAUUAUUAACAAACCCCGGGUAAAUGAGGAUGCAAAUGUGAAGCUGAUUAGAGAAUUACGAGAAGAAAUUGAUAGAUUGAAGGCUAUGCUGAUGAGCUUUGAGCUGAGGAAUUCUAGUCCUUCGUGGAGCGAUGACAGAGAAGGAAAUCUUACAGAAUUAGUUCUUCAGAAUGAACUUAAGAUUGAGCAGUUGACCAAAGACUGGACAGAUAAGUGGAUUAACAGGAAAGCUAUCAUGGAAGAAUACAGUGUGGAUAUCAACAAGGAAAAAGCUGGAGUGAUGAUAGAUUCCAGUUUACCUCAUUUAAUGGCCAUGGAUUAUGAUAUCCUUAGUACGGGAGUUAUGCUGUAUCAUCUCAGGGAAGGAACAACCAAAAUUGGAAGAAGUGAUUCAAACCAGGAACAGGAUAUCGUUUUGCAGGGUCAGUGCAUUGAAAGGGACCAUUGCGUUGUAGACAACCAGCAUGGGAUUGUGACUCUGCGGCCUCUUCAGGGAGCGCAUUGCGUUGUGAACGGUCAUGAAGUCACAGGUUCUGUUCGUUUGUCACAAGGAGCUCUGGUUAUUCUGGGCAAAGCUCACAAGUUUAGGUUCAACCACCCAGCUGAGGCUGCCCUUUUAAGACAAAGACGAUCUAUCAGUGAGUCCUCUUCUGUGAUAAGUUGCAGAUCUCUUGAAUGGCUGGAUUUGGAUGGUGACUUCCCUUCCUUUCCUCAUAGCUUUUAUCCAGCUGAAACAGAAAGCAGUGAACAGAGAGAUGCUUUACAUGAAGAAUGUCAGCCAAAGCUGAAGAACCAGGAGGUUCUCCACAGCAAGGAAAUUCAAAAGCAGCAACAGUAUGUUGAAAAAUUACAACAGCAGAUCUUGGAUGGGCAGAUCAAAGCUGAGCAAGAACUAGAGCAUGAUCAAGCCAUAAUCAAUCAGUGGAUCAAAGAAAACCAGCAGUGGCUCAUUGAUGAAAAGAAACGGCUGGCUGUCCAGCAACAGCAGCAGGAAUCUGCAGUGCAGACAGAAGUCAAAUCAUAUGCAGAAGCUGGAGUCCAGAACGUAUUGGAGUCAGAAACUGGCCCGUCCCUGACAGAACAGAACAAGAAGAAACUGGUACAGCUAGAACUUUUACGAAAAUACUCUUUGAAGAAAGCAGAAAGACAUUUAAGCCGGAAGAAGGUUAAAGUGCAUCUUGAGAGGAUUGUGAAGAAGCAAAAAUUGCUAGAGGCCAAGAAAAACCUGGAACACUUAGAAGCUAAUUGCUGGAUUAAUGAGGAUAAUGUGAAACAUUCCCAGUCUCUGGACCAAGAUACCACAGUAUCUUCUGGGGACUUCAAGUGUUCACGGCCAGAAUCAGAUUCAUGCUCCUUGCAAUGCAGAAGAAACAGCUUUUUAAAUCAUCAGCCAACACAUUGCAGUUCUUUCUUGAAGAGGGAUCCCUCUCAAGUACCUACCUCAGCACACAGCCAUGGAUGCUGUGAAGUUAACCAACCAAGGAAAUCACUGUCUGUAGAGUAUCUUCCAAGAGCAAUUAAAGAACUUUCCAGAAGAGAUAACAUUCAUGAUGACAGAGAUUCUGCCUUCCCAACCAACAGACAGCAGAUCAAAAUUCAAAAGUCAUUAUAUUUGGGAAGUAAAGGAAGAGUGAACAAUGACAGUAGUAAUACAGAAGUAAUUUCUCUUAUCUGUGAAGAAAUUGAAACAAUGGAGAAAUCAAAUAGCAGACCAAGGCAAACUAGAUCUAAAGCCCAGUUUUCUAAGACCAGUUCUCCUGACCACUUCAAGAAAAAAAGUGAAUCUGAAACAGGAAGACAGGUGGGAAAACCAAAAGCACCGGCAGAUUCAAAUCAGCAUAAAGGGAAGCACUUAGAAAAAAGUGACGCUCAGGAAGCUAGCAGAAAGACUAGAACCGAUACAAGAAAAAAGCACAAAACUUCACUUCCAGGAAAUUCUUCUAAGGAACUUAAAAAAUCAGCAAUAUAUGGUGAACCGCCAGAAAAGCAUCUAAGCCAAACAGCAAAUAAUGUGAAAAGACAUUCAAAGGACAAACAAUCAGAGGAAGAGCUUGAACUCCUGAGGUUAGCAACUUCAGCAAGAAGCCUUAACAAUAUAAAUGCCCCCCCACCCCUCUGUCAUGAGGAAAAAAGGUGGCACAGUGCUGAGGUGUUGAGCGAUAGAAUCUCAAAAGCAGUCCCCAAGCCACUGAGAAGCUGGCAAGAAGAUGAUGACAUUGAGUUUUCUGAUACAGAUAGUGCCUAUUCUGUAGAUUCUCUUUCAUCUGCUAGUGCAAAUAUCUUGACAAGUCAACUGAGUCAUACGGAGUCAUCUGGAAUCAAGGACACAGUUGAGCUGGAAGGUUCUGAAAGUGAUGACAGCCAGAUGUCCCAAGAUUCUCUUUCUGAAAAAGUCAAGAAAACUGAAAGUCAAGAUACAUCUAAUUUUCUUGAGGUCCAUCAGGAACCUGUUGAUAACUGUCAGUCUGCCUCACCUUUAGCAAACACAUCUUUAUCAAAAAACAAUAAUUGGACUAUGAAUGAAAGAAGCUUUUCUCUUGAUAGUCUAGGGGAUGUUGAUGAAGUUUCAGAAGAUAUAGCAGAGGAAUCCAAAUUAGAGUCAUUUGAUGAAGUUCCGGCAGAGGCUUUUUGGAAUUUGCAAAACCCAAGGUCAGAAUCCAGAAAGAGCAACAAGCAGCAAAACCAUGAGAUCUGUAAGGAAAGUGUAAGAAGACCCAGUGACUUGAAUCUGAAUACUGAUUCUUUUUAUCUGGAUGCUAGUACACAGUCUAGUUCUAGUAGCAUUUAUGAUCAAUCAGUAAAAGAAAUGGAAAUUUGUGUUUCGGGACCAGAGAGUUCAUUUGAUCAAAGAUCAAAUGCUGCAGGUGAAAACCUUCCUGUUCUCCCAGAUGCUUGGUUGUCUUGUGACUCAAAAAAUGGAAAGACCAGCCCCAUCAUAACAAUGCCUUCUUCCCAAGAUCACUCAGAGUUCCGGGUUGCUCAGCUUCACCCUAUUAACAAGUCAAACUGCUGGAUGAAGAAAGAUGACCUAAGGCAGUCAGCUGCAGAAUUGUCAUUUGUCUCCUGUUAUAAAAAACCGUAUUGGGUUUCUCAUGAGCCAGACACAAUAGAAACAUUAUUUUCACCAUCAGUACCUUUUCCAGAAACAAGGAAACACCUUGAAAUUGAAGCUCCAGGAGCCAUGCCACCAUUUUCUCUGUCAACCAAAAACGUUCAGUUUGGUCAUGGUUCUACAUUUAUUACAAAAUAUGGUUAUUCUGAAGUUGCUUCUCUACCUGAGUCUAAUUGCCAGCAGCCUGAUGAAUUAUCUGAGGGUGGAUCUGCUACUAUACAGAAAGAAGACAUUUAUGUAAAUACUAAUUUCAAAGAAUGCCUCUUUAGAACAAUUGAAAAAGAAGACUUUGACUGUGACUCUAACAGCAACAUAAGAGAUUCGGAGGUAGUUGACUUAAACCCCAUAGAUAAAUCCACCUGCGCAGUACCUAGUGGAUCUCCUGACUUGAUUGCAUUGGGUAAAGCACAGAAAAAGUAUCAAGGUCAUGAACAUUUGUUUUCAAAAGAGGGAGUGAAUUUAUUUAGUGGUGAAAGUUUCUAUCUCUGUGAUGCAUUAAGCAAGAGUACCAACAAUGUUGGGGAAGAAGAAUAUUCUAGUGACAAGAUAUACUUAAUACGUGGUGGAAGUAAUUUUGAUCUGGUGCCAAAAACAAGAUACCAACAAGUGGCUGCAGAAGAAAUUGGUAUAGAGAAUAAAUUGUGUCAAAGUGAGAAAACAGAUUUUUGCCACAGGGAUCAGUUUGCUCUACCAAUACAAAUUUCUGAGACUGAGCGAUUCAGUAUGCAAGAAAAGAGAGAUGCGGUGACAGAAUCUGCUUUAGAGGUCCCUUCAUUUAGAGAAGUAGAAGAAGAAGAAGCUCAAGAGAAAGACUUGUGUUCAGAAAGUGACUGUGAAAUUCAGACUAAAUUAUUAACAAGUGAUUCUCAUUCAGGUUCAGAACUUGACUGUUCUGGAAGUAGUGUUAGCCAAAAGGUUUUGUUAACUUCUGAUGCUGAAAAUACGAUGGAACAGACCAGUGAAGGGGGAAAAACCAUGCCCUCUUUUUCUGGCCAGGGAACAUCUUCAUCUGCUUCUAUGGAUUUGGUGACUGACAAAUCAAUAUGUUCAACUAUGGACAAAAAUGGGGGGGAAACUAAACUUUCAGUUGAUGGUGAUAAAUCCACUUUCCAAUCUACUUCAAAUAUGCAUUAUCAAGACACAGCUGGAAUGGGAAAAUAUGCUGGGAAAUGUCAGGGUUCCAUGGCACUUAAAGAUGUUCAUCUGACCAAAUCUAGUUCCGUGGAAAAUAAUGUAAAUGAUCCUAACUCUGUUGGCACCACUGAUCAGAAACCCACAGUGCAACAGGAAGUUGAAGAUACUUUUUUGUUUGGCUCCAGUGUUCAGUCUGGCAAAACCAAAGCUUGGCAUAUACCUGCAUCAAGCGUGGGCAAGGAAGCUGCAGUUUUCCAUGUGGACUUUAGCAAAAAUGAUGGCUCAGGAGUGGAAGUGAAUUCUAAUCAAGCCAGAAAUAACACUGAAAAGGACUGUGGGGGAAUGCUGGGAAAUGAUGGAAUUGAAUCAGUCACAGCUUUCCAAGAACAGAAUCUGUAUGUGGAUAAAGAAUCUGAACAUCCAAAAAAUGGUGUUGAUACUGGAGCUUUAACUACUUCUGAAGAUAAUAAAUGUGAACUUAAUAGUAAGACAAUAAACUCUGAAGAACUUAUUAAAUUAAUGAAUAGUGUCAAUAAGCUGGAAUGUGACAUAUUGGAAAUUAAAUAUAGUCAGAGGUUGCACAAUUACCGUAGAGGUGAAUUUCAAAGUGAAACUGCAGAGAGUAGGAUGAACUCAGAAAAUGUUAGCUUGUUUCAGAGUACCAGUGAGGAACAUUAUAAGAAGCUGGCUGCAACUGUGACAUAUGAAGAAACAAAUAUCCAGCUGAUUGAUGAAAACAAAGGAGAACCAUGUCCAGCAAAACCAGCAAUGGAACCCGAUAGCAUUAUUCAUUCAAGCAGUGUUAAUGAAAAUAAAAUCCAUGAAACUGUGAAACAGAGUGAUUGUCCUGCAGACAUAGAAGCAAGCUCUAAGUGCACUGUGCCGGCUGGGUGUUCUAGCCCAACCAUUUUUACUCAAAAUAUUACAGACUUACUUGACGAAUGUGAAAAACCAGUUCAGGUUGACAGAAUUUUAGAAAAUGUCCUGAGUUUUGAGCCCUUAGCAACUGCAAUAACCAUUGAGUGUAGACAAGAAGAUGCUUUAACCUAUAGUGAAGAUGAUAAAAAUAUAUAUACUGACAAUGAAACAUCUGUAAUAGAAAGCUUGUUAAUGUAUCCCAAGACUGUUCUUCAAGAAAAUGAAGUUAAUGGGGACGUGAUUUGUUCUGAAACGGGGAGCAAAGAACAUUGUGAUGCAACAGAAAAUGUGAAUUCCAGGUUAACUAGGCUACACACUGAUGACAAUGUUGCAUUGCAGCAAGAAAAUCCAGUACAUGGUUUUAUUAAUUGUGACAACACCAAUAAUGGAACAAAUUCUGAAAUACCAGAAAUAUACUUCACUUCUUCCAAUCUGGAAGAAGAGCAGGAUGUGCACCAGAUAACAGAAGUGUGUCUUGAUAUUAUUAAAACACAACAGCAUGAAAAAUCAUCAGGGCUUUGGACUUACACAGGUAUAAUUGAGACACCAGAAGACAAUAGUAAUGGUUGUGAAGGUGACAAAAAAGCUGUAAUUAGACAGAGUGGGAUUAGUGAAGAAUUUAAACAAACUGGCAGUGGUGAAAAUACCAAUGGAUCUAAGUGUCUUUCUACAAAUUCUCAUGGAAAUAUUUCAGAACACUGUGGUGCAAAUUUUGGUGGAAGCAUAUGUGAUGAUAAACGUAUGCCAGAUAACUGCAUACCUAAGGAAAAAGAAACAAUACAUCCAACAGCCCCCCUGCCAUUGGCAACAGCUAUGAAACUGGACCAAAGUACUAUUAUACAAAAUGUGUGUAUUUUAAAAACACAAAAGGUUGUGGAAAAUUUGGAAGAAAAUAGAGAAAGCCUAGAAGUGGAUGUUUCACAAAAUCAAGCUGAAUUUCUGUUGGAGAACAAAUGUAGUUACUGGUUUUCAAACAAUGACACCGUGUUAAGUGAUUUAUCAGAAGAAAAGGAAAGGCUGCCUCUCAUUUUUUCAAGGAAUGAAAUUUUUGAUGAUUCAAUGUCCAUUAACCAAACAGGUCCGCUAGAACACAGAAAUCACAACUAUGGGUUAACUUCUGCGACUGCUGAAGACCUUUGUAAUCAAUCUGCAUAUAGUUCUUUGCUGCCUGGAAUAAGUACAGAUGAAGAAAAUAUGAAGGGUGACCAUACCGUAAUAAGCAGUCCUGAAAUGCUAUUAAGUAAUAGUAUCAACAAUGAAGUAGUUCUCCAGUACUAUGAAACACAAAUGGAUAGUGACUUGGAAGCUAGAGUGUCACGUACCUUUAACAAAGUGGUGGGGAAUGACUCACUUUCUGACAUUGUCAUGAACAAUAAAUGUAUUGCAUUUCCUCCUGAUCAGCUAGAACAGAAUGGACAGGGGAAGGAAGACUUCAUAUCCAAUAAAAUGUCUAAUUACACUGCAGCUGAGCAGAAUCCUAGUAAGGAUGACACAUUUUCAAAACCAUAUAUUGCAGAGUGCCGUGCAUCACUAGUAUCAGCUACUACUGAUGACCCACAAAACAAAGCUAGUCCUCUCAAGACAUUGUUUCCUUCUGAAAGUACAAGUGACGAUACAGACAGCUUUCGAGGAGAAUACAGCACAAAAGAAGAAGAAAAGUGUCUAAAUUCAUUAAACACAUCGCAAAAUGAAACUGCCACAUCAGACUCAUUAACCUCAGAUAAAACAACUACUUAUCCCUCUUCAGGUUUCAGAGAAAAUGUAGAAGAAGCAACACCAUUGUUACCAGAGCUUUCUUCUCACGAGUGUUUUAACAGUAUUGUCAGUCAGAAAGAUUCAUUAGUCCCAUAUGAACAGACACAUAAAUCCCUAGGCACUGAUUGCAUCAAGACAGAAUACAGAAGAAAUAGUAUUGGAGAAAUUGAGUGCCAACCAGAAACUAAGAUUCGUGUGUUCAGAACUUCUAAUGAUCUUUGUAUGGGGUGCUUAAAUGACUCUAUAGCAGUAUCUGAGGAUGGAGCAAAACUUUCAGGGUGUUCUGACCAAGCCUUAUGGGGAAAUGCUCAUUUUGGUGAAGACAGAGCUGCAGGGUGCAGGAUGAGUUCUUAUUUGUCCGAAUACUCUGCUAGUCACUUGAAAAGCUCAACAGUGCUUCCCACGCAUUUGCUAGAAUGCCCUACGGGCAACUACAAAGCUGAUGCUUUGUAUUUUGGGGAAAGCAAAUAUUUGGACUCUGGCAUUUUUAAUGUCCCUGCCUCAACUGUUGGUGAUUACUCUGUACACCACCAGCAAGACAGUAAAAUCACUAAUCCUAGUUAUAGUACCAAAAAUACUCAGCGAGCGGCGGAAAUGUAUCAGAAGGAAAACCAAGGUCAAGAUUAUUUCCCUGAAUGUCUACAUAAACAAGAAAAUACUAAGUCUUCACAGCCUGGGGAUUAUGUGGAUAGGACAGAAAUAAAAUUGCAAGCGGAAAGCUUGCUUCCUUAUCAAAGUUUAGAACAGAUAGUUCUAAGUGACAAAGCAUUGCCACCUGCUUUAUGUUCAGUUGAAGAUAUCUCCACUAGCACUGUGCUUAAAAAUGUGGACAUUCUAGAGUCCCCAAGAUCACCGGAAGGCUUCACAUCAUCUCUCUGUCCACCAUAUACUGACUCACUGCAGAAUACUUUUUUGUCAACUUCAUUUCGAGCACAAGAAAGUCGAGCAUUUUGUCAUCAGGGUUUUCCAAAUGUUGCUUGCUUUUCUUCAGAUACCUCUCCUAGCCUCAAUACUAGUCAUAGUGAUGCCGAGGCACAUGGUCCUCUGAAUGCUGCUGCAUCAACCUGUCCUGCACUUGCCAGCAGUCUGAUGCAGGAAAGCCAUUGUGACAAUUCUGUGAUAGUAGACCCACAGCCAUGUGCUUCUGAAACGACUUCAUUUUCUCUUAUGAAAGAGCGUGGUUGUCUCCCACUUUCUGACACUAACUCUAGCUCUCAAGGAAACUCAGCUUUAGAUUGCAGCGAAAUACACGAAUUUAAAACUGAAAAAUUCCAUUAUGAAAGAGAUGUUUGUGAAGAACCAAGGGAUACAACUUCAGUGCAAAAGAGCUAUUUGGAAAACAUUGGCAAAACUUUACAUCACACAUUGCAUUCAAGUCUUGAUAUGCAAGAAGAUCAGAGUACACCACAGUUAAAUAGGAGGGUUGAUAUAGACAACUUCCCUAAUACAAAUGCAGAUAAUCAUAUAAUUGCACAUAAGGUGAUGAAGAGUAAGAGAGAAUCUUUAAUGUCGGAACAGCUAAAUAUUUCAAUAGUAAAUGACAGCAUGUCCUCAAAGUAUUUAUCAGGAAGCAGCUGUUUGACUUUGCAGGAAGAACCUGUACCAGAGAUAAUUAAAAGUGAAAAUGCAGUUUUUACUUCACAGAAUUCAAACAGAAGCAAAGAAGAUGGACAACGGCCAUGUUUGCAGAGUCAUAGUUUAUCAGCACCAUCUAUUACUGUUAUAUCUAAUUUUGAGUGUGCUUCAGAAACUUCUAAAGUUGACCUUUCUGUACAUUCUACCUCUAAGUCAUUACAAGAGUUAAAUAUGAGUGUUGAACCACCAUCUCCAACUGAGGAUGACCUGCACAGAGCUGAAAGCUUAUCCAAAUUAAAGGCGGACAAUGUUGUGCCAGUUAAAUAUAAACCGAGAUUUCAAAAGAAAUCCAUUCAAGCCCAGAGGUCUAAUUACUGUGAUAAAAGAAACCGUAGAGAGAGCACUCAGGAAAGUCACUCUUCAGAUCCUUCCACUGCUCACUAUCCAGUAGCUGUUGUCCACACAACUGGCAAUCCCGUGGAUACAGAAACAGAGAAAUACUCAAAUAAUGUUUCUUUGGCACACCAACACAGUUUGAGUACACAUGAAGAUCAAAGACAUCAAAUGGAGGCAACAGACAAUAAAGAUGCAAUGCACUUCAGUUCAAGCGAUAUCAACCCAUAUAUUCACCCAUGGCAGCAAGAUGAAUGCUGCAAGAUUGGUUGGAAACAAUAUGUUUUUGGAAGUGCAAGUGAUGUCUCUAGUAAGCCACCUCCAUUGAGUUUGGAUAAUCAAGCAGUUAUGAGGUGCUCCAGUGUGGAUAAUGGUUUGAAUUCUCAAAUCUCCCCUUUCCGUUCUCAUCUCAGUUCAUAUGCUAAUGCAAGAAUGUUAUCCAGCACCAUAAGUAGCACAGAAGAUCUCCAGGGAUGGGAUGUUGCGAGAGAAGGCUUUGACUCUACCCAUUCAGGUGAGAGUGGCAAGCCUUGUACCAACGUUUCUCAUGAUGAACUUGAGGCUACACCAGAAAACUGCAUUUCCAGAUGUGAAAAUGGUUCUCAGCAGUCUAGAAAUGCUUCCAUGCAAGUUGACGAAAUUGUUCUUCUCUACCCUUCUGAGUCAGAGAAAUCCUCCAAUAAACCACAAGAACUACUCACUUGUGACCAGGAAACACAGACAGAGGCACCAACAAGGCAUAGAAGGCAGAAGAGACACCGGAGAAGCAACACAGAUAUAUCUGCAAGAAAUCCUGAGCCAAGCAAGGAUACAUCCCAACAGCCUUCUUCUUGGUCAAGCGUGCAGAAUCUUUCCCUUCACCUUUCACAGCUGCUUCACAACACUUCUGAGCUGCUAGGAAAUUUGUCCUUACAGAAUGUUAAAGAUAGUGAACGAAGUGACCAGAAAGCAAUUGGUGAAGAAAGCUCAAGAACCACUGUAACUGACAGCUGUACCCAAACAACAGAAGACAUAGGCAUUCAGACAGAUACUUUAGGACAUUUUCAGAACAAAGACAAGGAAAGGACAAUCAGCACUAAUGUAGAAAGUGAGACAAUGAAGUCUCAGGAGGUAAAUGUUAUUGUGAAGUUAGUACAUACAGAUACUGUAGCUCUGACUAAGGAGAGAAUGUCAGAAGGCAUGGGACACAAAUUGCAGGGCAUGCUUGACAAGGGAAGCCAUGAUGAUAUUCCAGAAGAUUCUUUUAUGCCUCAGCCUUCCUUAAGUAGAGAUUCCAGUUCUUCAUCAAAGGUGCCAAUAGUACCAUUACAUGCCCCAGCAGUACUUUUCCCUGUUGCAUCUUCACUUGGUUCUAGACCUGAGUCUUCAGAUGUUGCGGUUAGUAACCCUGCCUCUAGCAUUUCUCUGUCUCCAGCAUGCUACUCUCAGGACAGGAAGCCUGUUGGUAAAACUGACAUUCCAAGAAUAAGGGAUAAUAGCUUGCUAGUUGAUCGAGCUUCUUCCCCAAUUUUGACUCUUAGUGCCACUCCAGUCAGCCAGCAAUUCACAUCAGGCAAGUCUGCUUGUUCUUUCAAAGGAUCUGUUGGACAACGGAAACAUACUGCAAGCUCAGAAACAAAUUUUAGGGGAAAUGGUUCAGAUCCACAAUAUGACUUUGGAUCUUGGGAGCCAUGUGUAGACUCUUCUUCACAAACUGAGGUGGACAGUGAGUCUACCACGUCUAGAGAGAGCAAGGAAAUGUACAAAAUGCCUGAAGAUGGCUUUGAUAGCAAUGCAGCUAGAGAAUUUCCAGGUGCUUCAAAACAAAAGCACAGGUUUACUAUUGACACGCAUACUGCAGUUCACACCAAAAGACUUUAUCAUUCAAGUAGCACUUUAGAACUUUCUAGCCAUGGGGAAUACUUAGUGGAUGAUCACAGAGAGGCUGUUCCAGUGGAACGUUCAUUUCGUCAGAUACGAGCCACGAGGAGGGCGAGAAACUUCUCUGGAGGAAUCAAAUAUGAAAGUCCCAUUAGAAAUUCAGAAUGCUCACCCACCAAAAAGUCAUUUCAGAGAUCGUUAAGUGAGACACCAGAAUGUGUGCCUGAUUCUUUUUCUCCGCAACACCAACAGACAUGGAGAAACCAAAAGCACUGCCCUUUUCCAAUGACUGAAAGGAGCAGUGUGCAAGAUGAUGAUGAAGAUGACGAUACAGGAUCUGAUACUGAAAGUGAGUGUAACACUGAAAUUCUACUAAGUGAGAAUACUUCCUUAGUAAAGACCCACAGACUUCGAAGCUACAGUCUUCGUGACCUGCCUCUGCACAAUAAAUUCAGCAACUGGUGUGGUGUGCAGGGAGGUUCCCGUUCUUCUUUAACUAGCCUGACUAGAAGCGCUGGUGAUAUCCACAGCCAGGCAGAAAGGAAGACCGUUAACACAAGAGCAUCUGAAGCAGAAGAGAGAUCCCAGCUUAGUGAAAGGAGAGCCAGGGAGAUUGAGGGGCUCCGGAGAGAGCGUGCCCAGAUUAUGUCUAGCAUACACUUAGAAAUGAACCAGCAUCCUCUUACUGUGGAACUUACUGAAGCAAAGCUGAAUUAUGGCAUUGGAGAAACAGAUGCCCAGCUGAGGAUUCUUCAGAGUGGAGUAGUCGAGGACUUGACAUCAGUACCCAUAAAACAGCGACUCUAUGAAAGGCACAGGAAGUCAAUUGAAAUGCUGAGAAAGCAGCGGGAGGAGAAGCUUCAGUGUUUCAGAAGGAGCCGUAGCCUCAGCCCACAAAAGCAUCUUAGCCUUUUGCAGACAGUGGAAACGAACCAGAGGGAUUUAGAUCUCCCUAGCCGCCGCCGCGAAUACCUACAACAACUGAGACGGGAUGUUGUGGAAAAUACAAGAAUUCAAGAACCAAAAAAGAUCCAGCAUCCUUCGGAGAUCGAGUUGCUGCUCCGAGAUUACCAGAGGGCGCGAGAGGAGACCAAAAUGGAAAUUGCACGAGCCAGGGACAAGCUUCGGGAAAGAGCUGAGCAAGAAAAGAGGCGCAUUCGAGAGCAGAUGCACUCUCAGCUACAGAAGGCAAAAACCAAACUGAAGACCCUUGUAAGCACAAGCACUUUAUGUACAGAUUCCACCCUCAGUCUGUCUUCAGGACCAACAUCUGGAUACAACAGUAGUAACACAGCCACUUAUCCUACUAGCAUCCUUGGCAAACAAGAAUGCCAGCAGACUUCUCCCAAAGAUGCAGAACACACAAGAGAGGAUGCAAGAGGCCGCUCAUCUAUCAGAAACCGUCAGCUUUAUGUACUUGAACAGCUUCAAAAGGGUUCUGCAAGUGAGACUUUUCCUAUGACCUCUUCACCUAUGGGAAGGAGCAGUAUCCCGUCACCACUUGCUUCCAGCCAUAGGUAUUCUCAUAGCCUAGUUGUUUCACCUAGCACCUUCCCAUCCUCUCCUACGAAAGGAUAUGAAGAUCUGUCCAAACACGUCUUGGCCAAUGCUACUGCAGAGGUUAUGGCAGUAUGCUCAAAUGACCUGAGGAAUCUUUACAAUGGCCAGGCAACAGCUGGUUGGAAAUACCAAUGUGUGGAGAAGGAUGUAUUAGUUUAUUAUAAAGCCUUCUCAUCUUCAGCAACCAAACAUGGGUUCCUGGGAGCAGGCAUGAUCAACAAACCCCUUUCCACCGUAUUGUGCAUCUUGAAGGAUCCUAGUAAGAGACAUCUGUAUGACAAAACCAUUACCACGGCUCAAGUGCAUAAGAAAAUCACCAGCAACAUUGAGCUGGUGUACGUUGUCAGUGACGUUUCUUUGUGCUACCAGAAGCAACCAAGAGACUUCUGCUGCAUCUCUGUAGAAGCCAAAGAGGAGAAUGUGUGCAUCCUGGCCAUUCAAUCUGUGUAUGAAGAGUCGAUGCCUCGUCCCUGUGAAGAUAUGGUACGAGGGGAGAUUUUGCCCAGUGCUUGGAUAUUAGAGCCUGAUAUGGUGAAUGGAAAAGAUAUCACUAAAGUUAUCUACAUGGUACAGGUUGACCUUGGUGCCCCAGCCAUCCCUGCAAGGCUUCUGAGCUCCAUUGCCAAGCGACAGCCUUUGGUGAUUGCUAGGCUUGGCCACUUUCUGGCUGGUUAGGUAUGUGUGGUUUACAUGGUCCACAAACUCAAAAUGUAAGAUACCAGCAAUGCCAGAACUUGUUUUCUAGAUAACUCAAAAAUGGGAGGACAAAAGAAAUCCUAGGAAAGCUCACUGCACAACACAAAACCACUAAGGAGCACCUGCUUCCGAUAUGGCAAUCGGACACCAAACCUUAAUGAAGCAUCUGUCGUUUGGCUGAGUUUUCCUGUUCAGCUUUUAAAGAAAUGCAACUUCAACAGAAACAAUGGCCAAGCAAAAAGUGUUCCUUUUGCAAACUACCAAUAUUGGUAGGCGAAAGCCUGGUUGUAACCACUAGUUUUCAGUUGAAAACUUUCUUCAUUCAGACUAUUGGAAGACUGCUGAUGCUGUAAGCCAUGUAAAAAAACUUGAAACUUAGCGAUACAUUUAUUUUAAAGGAGCACUUCACCACUGAAGCAAAACUACUGUAAUGUCCUUUGCAGAGUGCCUGAACAAAAGGGUACUUGUGAAUGAAGAAUGCAUUAUAUUAAUCAUUGAACAAUGUCAGCUUACUGAUUGGAUAACUCUCCAGUCCUGUCCAGGGGAAGUGAGGGUAUACCAAGUUCCAGGCAUUCAACAAGAGUGGUUGGUGUGAUAGCUCUUGUGGUCACCGUUUGCCCUCAGUCAGAACCAUAACUCAGGAAGAGACACACCGUUCUACUACAGAAUCACUGCGCCACAAGCCCAAGGGGUUGAGCCACACCAAACCGACAGCUCAACACAAGAACAGGGACUAGUCUACUGUAGAGCAGCAACUGCUCUAUACUUAUGAAUAGAAGCUUCUUACACAUUCUCUAGCGAAGCCAUUAGAUUAAAAAUUCAUCAAAUCUCUGUAUCAGCAGCAGGUUAAAUUAUUGUGAAGAUAAGCUCAGAGCAGGGUAAAUUCACUAAGAUGCUUACCCUACCAAGAUGAAUUUGAUUUUAGGGGUCAGUGGAAGCAAGCCCAUGCAGAGCAUGUCUGAGGCCUGGGGGGUGGGAAAGCAUAAAGUGAUAAACUCAAACAAAAACCAGCAGUCCCUGGUGGGGCUCCCUGGCUGACUUAGCCCUCCAAGGACCAGGGCAAGUGUACCUACCUGCCUUCCCCAUCUGUACAGGCCUGAGCAAGAGCUUUUCUUGCUCUGCUCCCAGCUCCACCAUGCUUAUCGGUAUUCCCCAUGACUCCUUCCUCUUUAUUACGUAACUGCACUUUCUGCUGCUCAACGUCUCGUCUGCAGUAACCCAUCAAACCCAAUUAUAUCAAAUAAAUCACGUUAUGAUUUGUUCCACUCCAAUUGUUCGUAGUGAACGAAUAGCGUUAGCAUUCUCUUUCCAAACUCCCCACUAGUGUCCAAAAGCAUGUUUUCUUCAUGUGAAGGUGUAGACAACUUGAUUCAGGUUGCUUCUUAAAAUAAGACUCCUAGCAAGCAAGUAGUACAAUGGCAUCGUAUUAUAGCUACUGCAUCAUUUUCUGCCAGCCUGCUUCUUGUCCUCUAGGAACUUGCUUCUUGAGCAGUUUUCUUAGGACUUUUCACUGCUCGGAACUUGUUUGCAGUAUUCCAUGUGAGUAACAGGAGAUAACCUGACCAUGAGCUUUCUUCCCUUUGCUGCAAUACUUCUCUAGCUAAUGAAGUGAACCUCGUUUCUCACAACGGAAACGAGGCAGAGACUAAGGCUGUUUGCAUACAUUGUUGGUAUGUGAGCUUAAUAAGUAAGCUUGAUAACUGCUAUAUAGUAAUCCCAAGUAGUUGUGUACUAGCGCCAUAGUGUUUCUUUAACUCCUUCCUGCUGUGGCAGAAGCGUGGGGAAGAGGGACACUCCCCUUCCUGCCCCGAUUGGUAGACGUGCCUUGUGCUCUGAGAUGGUGCUGCCUGGAGCCUGCAGCCUAGAGCCUAGCACUCAUGUGAUUUCAAAAAAUGGGGGUGGUACUCUGCUUCAAAUUUCAGUAAUUUCACAAGUCUCAUUCAGCUGCUGGUUGUGUAGAAGAGCUGUUAGCGCCACAACUGAAGCUGUAGUCCAAUGCAGUUACUUCAAGACACUUACGUUGACUCUAAUAGGGUUUGCUUCAGAAUAAACAGGGAUAGGAUCGUUAACCCCUUCUGUCAGCAUCGAUGAUGCUAUUACAGUUAUCAAGAAAUCAAAGCACAGAAAUUCUAUUUGGUAAAAAAAAAAAAAAGUGUGGUGAAAUAUGCCAAAUACAGUAUUAACGGAAAUCCUGUGAGGCAAUUGAAACUGGAAAUGAUUUGCAGAAUCAUGAACACCAGCUUAGUCUUGCCUAUAAUUAUCAUUUGGGGGGGUAUUCUGUAAAUUGCCCACAGUACCAGCAAUCACAUAUUUUAGGAAAUAUUUCCAAUCACUGGCCAAGUAUUUGCUACAUUAGUUUGUUUCUUUUUAAUUUUUUUGGACAUGGCACUCUGUUAACGAACCAAACAGCUUUAGCAGGAACAACAUCUAAGAUGGACUCUACUCUCAACACAGAUGGUGCCUAUUGAAGGAUAAUGUCUUAUUGUACAGUGCAUCAGAUGUUUAUUUUUAUAAUUGCACACAGUUGUUUUUCUAUGUUUACAAAUUAAGUUAUUUAUAUAUGGUUUUAUAUGCUGAAGCUAAUUAUUAUUUUUCCAGGUAUUCGAUUAAUGUAUGCUUUUUAGAAAUACUUGAUACUUCAACAGUACUAUUUAUAUAAUAACUGGUUUCUUUUGCAACUAUAACACUAUGGUACCUGUGAAUGCCUAGAAUGAGAAGAAUAGUCUUAAAGUGAGGCAAAACUAUUUUCUGUGAAAUCUUCUAUUGAAUGUGGGGGGAAAUAUACUCAGUUACUGUACCAUAUCUUUAGCCCAUAUCUGCUUUUAACCAAGAUUGCUAUUUUCAUAUCCUCACAAUAAAAAUAAUUUUCUAUAUAUGGAAA